AUGGUCUUAAAUUGGGCUUGGCGAGAUUUGCAACUCUGUCUUGGAAGAACAAAGUGGCAGAGGCGGGCCGGCAGAAGUCUGUGCAGGAAGCAGGGCACGAGAGUGUACGGCGCGCCCUCGAAAUUGCGACGGCAAGCAGCGCUGACGGAUCGACCGUCCGGACGCUCCCGCUGCCGCUGCUUGGCGCUGCUGCAAGGCUUAUCGAAUCACACAACCAAGGUUCUUCCGGCUAUCGCAAUCCGAGCCGGUUUCAUCUCCAAGGCCACCUUCGGCUCUCGAGACGAGGCUGUCACAAUCGUGAUCGGCGGCAGUCGUUCGCCGAUAGGAAGCUCUCAAGGUCUACAUUAUCUCAGCUUUUGUCUGUCGACACAAACGUCCAAAUCUUCUGCCGAGAGCGAGUCAUGUUCGGAAGGAGCAGGAGUCGGAAGAUCAACCGACGACGAUAAUGUCGAAGCGAACGUGCGCCUGAUCGAUGGCUAUCACGUUGGCGCUCCUGAGCGGCUGACUCGCACUUUUCCCCCUGUGCUCUUCUGGCACACAAGGCUUGCCUGCAGCCUCAUCUUUACCUCCUUCUUCACACCAUCACACUCUGAAUCGGCCCUCUUCCGAUCGUACUCCCUUCGCUUCGGACGCAGGUACAACGACAUACAAGACCUGAACACUACCAUCCUACGCACUCGUGCUUGCGAUCCCGGUGGUCGACGUCAGUAG